AGGGAGUCGCGAGAAUCUCAGGGACUUCCGCGAGGUUUGGCGGGUGAGCCUGAAGGUCACGUGAUCUUUGUUGCCAAGCGACAAAGUGACACGGGAAAACGGAGACAGCUAACGGUGUUUGUGUACAGCCAGCUCUCACUAAAGCAUGACAAGCAAUCAGCGGCCUCCAUCUGCUCGCCCAAGCUCAAGGGCAGGUAUUGUGCCAAUGUUAAAUAGGCCUCCAAGUGGUAUGCGACCUCCCCAAACGGCAAGCAGACUGUCAACUGGGAUGCCUCCAACCACUGCUAGACCUGGUACACGUGGAGGUUCAAUUGGUCCAGGAGUUCUGUCAUCUCAAAUAAAAGUAGCCGACCGUCCAGUUACCCAGCAAGGCUUGAGUGGCAUGAAAACUGGAAUAAAAGGACCCCAAAGACAGAUUUUGGACAAAUCAUACUUCUUAGGACUUCUUCGGAGCAAGGUUACUGAACUUACAACAGAAAUGAGCAAACUAAAAAAAGAGAUUGACAACUACAACCAGGAGAAUUCUGUGUAUCUAUCUUAUGAGAAAAGGGCUGAGGUUCUUGCUCUUGAAAUCAAGGAACAUCAGGGUCAGCUUGCAGAUUAUAACAUGCUGGUUGAUAAACUGAAUACAAAUAUUGAUAUGGAGGAAGUAUUGCUUGACUACAAUAUGCUAAAAUCUCUGAAUGAUCGAGAAGCCCAGAGCAUAGAUGUUAUUUUCACUGAGCGACAAUCAAAGGAAGCUUUUAUUCGAAGAGUGGAAGAAGACAUUGAAAAUGAGAAGCAAGCAGCUGAAAGUAUUAUCAAAAAUAUGUCUGAGGAGAAACAAGCCAUAUAUCAAGACAUGAAAGGAAGGAAUGAACAGCUCUUAAAGGAAUUAGACAUUCGUCAAAAUGAACUUGACACUCUUGGUGCAAAAAAGGAGUCUUUGGAGAGUGAAAUUUCACAUUCCCAUACGAAGCAGGAAGCAGUCCAUUUGUAUGAGAAACUUUAUGAGCUGGAGUCUCGUAGAGACCAAACUAUUGCAGAAGAUAAGAGCAUGGGUUCUCCACAAGAAGAAAAAGCAAAGUUACUAAAACAGGUGAAAGAAGAUAAUCAAGAAAUAGCAAGUAUGGAAAGACAGUUAACAGAUAUCAAGGAAAAGGCUAAACAGCUAAAUGAAGAACUUGAACGGCUAGAUAUGGACUUGGAAGAACACCAAGGUGAGAAGAAACAAAAGUAUAAGGAAUUGAAGAAGAGAGAAGAAAGCAUGGACCGUUUUUUUGAAACUUAUGAAGAAAGCAAAAAUCAGGAACUUGCAAAAAAAUCUGAAACGGAAGCAAAUAUUGUUGUGCUCUUGGAGCAUAUGAGCAGGAAUACUUAUAGGUUGAAGCAAAUUUCGUCCGUUACAGCCCAAGAACUAAAAAUAAUGCAAGAUGACCUUAACUUUAAGGAGACUGAGAUGCACAAAUCUCAGAGUACUGCAAAAAAUCUGACAUCUGAGAGUCAGCGUUUACAGCAAGACCUUCAGAAAGUGGAGCAGCUGGAAUCCAAAAUAAAUAGUGAGUUAACAUCAUUGAAGGAGAACAUACAGCACAUGACAGAAGGCUUAGAAACAUUCAGUAAUUUGGACGCUUUAAGAGUAUCUGCAGAAGAGAAGAAAAAGAAACUCCAAGAAGAUAAGAUCAUUUUAUCCAAGCGCAGAGACACCUUUAAGAAAAUAUUAGAGCAGCUGAACUCUGAGCAUGAAAAACUUAACACUCAACUCCAAGAGAAUGAGACCCAUUCACAGCUCACAAACUUGGAAAGAAAGUGGCAACAUCAUGAACAAAACAACUUUGUGAUGAAAGAGUUCAUUGCUACAAAAAGCCAGGAGAGUGACUACAAGCAAGUUAUGAAGACUGUUAUGAAACAGAUUGUUGAAUAUAAUAAAACUCUUACAGAGGCACUGCAAAACUCCAGGAACUGAAGAGAAGCAUUUCCUUCCUGCAAACCAGCUAGUUCAGCAAAUCCAGAAUAUAAGAUUGGCUGAAAGCACACUACAACUUUUCUAUUGUUGUAUUUAACAGAAAGCAGAUGACUUCUCUAUCUAUAUGUGUAUUUUUUAUAUAUCUAAAUAAAUGGUGUGAUUACAAAUA